AUGGCUGCGAAAAUGCCGCUGCCAGCUCCACCACGGACCCCAACGCCGCCUCCUGACGAGAACGCGCCCCAGCCCGUAGGACUAGGAUUCCGAGGCGAUCUGGCUGUGGGCGAUAUGGGGCCUAACAACAAUGCGCUGCUGUCGCCCAUGUCGGCUACGUUUCCCUCGAAGCAGUAUGCGACUCUCGGACCCAGUGACUCAGUUUCGCAGCGGGCGUCGCCGGCGACUCUGUAUACACCCGCGAGCGCGACCUUUCCACAGACACCCGCGAGUGCUGCCAGUGGAACCAUGGAUCUCGACGCGCCCUCUAUGAGCGGGUCCGAGAACCCCAAUCCCUUCAACUUCCAAUCUAUUGCCUAUCAGCCUGGUCGGCCUCAAAUCAAGGCCAAUGAUAUCGGCCGACGACGAGGACACAAGUACAAGCACAGUAGUGUAUCGCAUCAGAUCUUCCUAGAACCCGCACCGCGCGCCCCGCUCCAGCUCCCCGCCUCGCUCCCGAUCCCGACCUUCAAAGAGUAUCGCUCGUCCAUGUCCAAGGAUCAGAAGCUGAGGCUGGCAUGGUGUUUCUGCCACUUGGUAGUCGCUGGUCUCGUACAGUGGGGCGCGCACGAAUCUCUGGCUCUUACGGUGUUGUCGCGACUGAUCUUCUACGAUGCGCUCGGCGCAUUUCUAUGUGUUGCCGUUGACGUUGGAUCCAACUUCGAGGUAUGGAAGCGAUCAAGCAUACGACACCCGUUUGGCUUUGAGCGUCUGGAGGUUAUUGCAGGACUAGGCAUGUCUGUCGGGCUACUGUUCAUGGGACUGGACCUCAUAUCGCAUGGCUUGACGCACGCGCUCGAGAACAGUGGAGGACACGAGGCGCAUCAUGCAGACACGCAUGAACGAGUAUCGCCUGGCAGCAUUGAUCUUGCAGCCUUGUGUGGCAUUGUCUCGACACUCGUCUCGGCAAUCCUGCUGAAGAACCACGCGCGCAUCGGCAAGGUCAUGAGGCUGAGCGCCAUCGCUAACCUACCCUCUGUGCUGAGCAACCCUUCGCAUUUUCUGACAUUAUCGUGCUCGACACUGCUUCUUCUGCUGCCAUUGCUGAGCAUCCAGAUGUAUGUGUGGCUUGAUCGGACCCUUUCAUUUUCAGUAGCGUUCUCCAUGGUAGCGCUGGGGUGGAUUCAGGGAUGGACGCUGGGGAAGAUGCUGCUCAUGUCCUACUCGGGGCCCGGCGUUUCGGACAUUAUGUACGACCUCGAGACGGACCCAGCCAUCAGGGCGGUCGAAGAGGCAAAGUUCUGGCAGGUACACUACGGCCUCUGCCAGGCGAACCUCAAACUACGAGUGCGGAAUUUGGAAGAAAUUGGGCGCCUGCGCGAUCGCAUUGGCAGCAUGGUGCGGAACCGCUUGGGCGGCGGAUACGGGAGCGGCGGGCACAGAUGGGAAAUUUCGACCCAAAUUACACUCGAGAAGGACUGA